GGCUGAAAUAGCCAAAUCCACUAAUUUGGGUGUCCACAUACUUUUGUAUAGCGUACGUAAAAUACCUAUCCAGGCAUUGUAAGAUCUGUUAUGCGUCGGCAACGUCUGAGCCGAGGAACGCGACCAAACAGUAUGAAAAAAGAGUGGCGUGAGCAUGUCAAUCAAUGAGGUUAUUGAUUAGCUGAAAUGCUAGCACCUGGUUGCACUUGCCAGCUGGUAAUUAAAGAUGGCUGCCAAGUGAAGUAACAAACCUCUGUGCUCAGGUAGGUCGGCCAACACAACACACACACCUGAAUACCUGUUAAGCUCGUUACCAUUCGUAAACGUUAACACAGAUGGCGUCUAGAUGUGGGCAGGGACGGGCAGCAGGGUCCCAGAGGAGACGACAGGAGAGCUCAGACCUCCAGGACACAUACCUCCUCCAUGGGGAGCCCAGCCUUGCUCUCAGUAACCUGUCUCUCCAUGCCUCCUGGUGGUCUGGCAGGGACGAGCACAGAGAGACAGGGCCCUCUCUUGGCAGGGACGAGCACAGAGAGACAGGGCCCUCUCUUGGCAGGGACGAGCACAGAGAGACAGGGCCCUCUCUUGGCAGGGACGAGCACAGAGAGACAGGGCCCUCUCUUGGCAGGGACGAGCACAGAGAGACAGGGCCCUCUCUUGGCAGGGACGAGCACAGAGAGACAGGGCCCUCCCUUGGGGAGCAACUGGUUGAGAGAAAUCAGCACGUUGCCAGACUACAGGAUGCACUGAGACGCGAGAGAGAGAAGGGUUCCAGCCUGCAGUGUCGGUGUAAUCAGCAGGGGUCAGAGUUGAGGCGUAGAGAGCAGCACAGCGCCAGACUGAAGGAGAGACUAACCCAACUUGCAGAGAGACACAGAGAGAGAGGCGCCUCCAUGGAGCUGUUGAACCCGGUGCCCAGAGGUCAGGUGAAGAGGGACAGACCAGCCAGGACCAACGGAAGGAAGGAGGAGGCAGCGCUACGUGUGAUGCUAGAGCGGCGAGAGGCGGAGUUAAGGGAGGCCAUGAAGCUCCGACACAAACUCACCACGCUACUGCACGCGCUCAGAGCAAACAUGGAACGGACCCUAUUGGACACUGUGGGUGACCAGGAAGAGGACCCAGACAGCGCCAAGAUGCUGGUCCAGUCAGAGGAGUCCCUGGGCGAACAUGUGACAGGGGGUGUGUUCCAGGGAUGGAAGAGUGUGCAGAGGAGACUAGGGGACCUCCUGAGUCAGGGUCACGUGGCUGUGGGGACUGACCAGGAUAAGCUCUUGGCCCAGCUAGAGACAGAGUUGGAUCAGAGUCAACAGUUGGUCAAACUGCAGCAGCAUCUACUACAGGACAGUGUGAUCACUCCGGUCCCGGCCGCUCUGACAGACUGCUACUUCCUGGAAGAGUGGGAGCGGCUUCAGGACAGCUGGGCGGAGCUAGAACACCAGAAGCGGAGCUUCCAUAGGGAGAGACGGGCCUUCACCGACGCCGCCAUCCGAUUGGGCCACGAGAGACGUGAGUUUGAGCAGCAGAGGGCCUGUGUGGUGAAGCAGCAGUAUCUGUUUGACUCUCCGUUGGGGAGGACGUUGCAGCGUCACAACAGGAGAGAGAGCACCGUCCUCAAUCUCUCAGAUUCUGAUCACAUGAUCUUGUCCGGCUGCCGGCCGGCCACGCCCUCCUCUGCCGAGUCUGGGAUCAUACCCUGGUUAGGGUCAUCGGGGUCUCUGCAGGUUCAUGGCAAGGUCAAAGUUCACACGCCCAGCACCCCAGAGCUCUACUCUGCCCUCCAACUGCCCUACAGCUGCAGGUCCAGUGAGAGUGAUGCCCAGUCAGAGUGCUGGGAUGUGGGGGCAGAGAGGCUCCAGUUUGCCCCCCCUGGUCCUCACCUGGACGGGUCAUUUCAGUAGUAUUGCUGUUUAUAUGUCGUUUCCAUUGUGUGUUUUUUUUAUAAUUUUGUCUGUUUCAGUUGUAUGUCGUUUCUAUUGUGUUUUAUGAAAUCGUUUUUCAAUGUGAUUAAUAAAGAUGAAUUGUUUGACACGUUCCUUC